GAGAGGGAAGGAGACACAGAAUCCAAAACAGGCUCCAGGCUCCAAGCUGUCAGCACAGAGCCCGACGCAGGGCUCGAACUCAGGAACCGUGAGAUCAUGACCUGAGCUGAAGUCAGACGUUCAACUGACUGAGCCAUCUAGUCGCCCCUGGUUUGAUUAUUGUAGUCAGAUUUGGAUAACCCUGUUAAUGGCCUCAGAUAUUGGGCACUUGCGGCAGAAUUUCAGUAGAAGCCAGAGAAUCCAUAUCCUCCAUAGCACCACGGGUGACAGCAGCCAUAUCUGUAGCCUCCCCAGCCACAGCCAUAGCUCAGGCUUCCAUAUUAGCUGCCGUAGUAGCUCAUCGUAUCAGGGAUGUUGAGUUUGGUUGGUUAUUCAAGGCAAGAUCCUGAGUGUGAGUUUCAGCAUGUGUAGAGGGAUGCUUAUAGACCUGGGUCAGAGCAUGUGAUAAAUCAUGUGUAUAUCUUUUUGUGUCAUUUUUAAAUUACCUACUUGAUAUUCAUUUGAUGUCCCCUGAUACAGGGUAGAUCCUCUUCAUUUCCAUUUUUGGGUGGGGUAGAAUAGUUAUUUUAGAAAGAGAGAGGUUCCAGUCUUCAGAACCUACGUUGGAGUUCCUUUUUUCAAGAUAGUGUUUUGUGUGUUGGACAUUUCCUGAGCUGUGCCUUCCCCUCUCUCUUCUUUUGAUAGUCAUUCUCUAGGCCAAGAGAGAUCUUACACCCAGCAUUGAUGGUCUAAACAUUCCCAGUGCUGGCUGCUCUGAGGAGGAAUGCACAUGGCUGCUGUGAUUUCCUGGGACAGGAAUUAAACUGGCACCUGACAAGACAGGAGCAAGGCAUGACAUGACAUGUCUGAGAAGACAGAAGAUUAAGUUAAAUCUCUUGAGCAGAUCUAGGGAGCCCAAGCUGUACCUUGAAAGUGCUUCUGGAUCCUUCAGCCUGGCCAGGAACAGGAAACUUUGGAGCUUAAACUUUUUUCUUAAUGUUUAUUUAUUUUUGAGAAAGAGAGUGAGCAGGGCAGAGUGAGGGGGGACAGAGGAUCCAAAGCGGGCUUUGUGCUGAGAGCCGAGAGCCGGACACGAGGCUCAAACCCACAAACUGAGGUCAUGACUGGAGCUGAAGUUGGAUGCUUAACCGACUGAGCCACCCAGUUGCCCCGGGAACUUUGGAGUUUUCAAGCUAUACAAGCAUCCAUUGGAUUCGUUUAACUAGUCUGCUCUGUUUAUUCCCUUGACCUUGCUCUUGGCCCUGCUAAGGAGUCUACAGGGAGGCUACUGAAGGCUUCCUCUUUGCCUCUCAUUGGCCUUCUCAUCUAACGCUCACUGGGCGCUGGCCCUACCUUGAGGGCCCUCGGGGCAACAGAGCACACCUGUUCCUUCUGACGAUUAAAAACAGACCCAGAGGCCCUUCCAUUUGAACCUCUCCUUGCUGGUAAUUUUUGUCUUCUGGGAAACAGGCGUGCCUAGGUGGAACCCGGAUUUAAAGAGUAGAGUUUAAUGAUAAACACCUGUUGCCGAGUUGUGCCCUGGGGGAACAGGUACGAAAUCGGGUAUUUUCUUCAUCUUCUAUUUAUUUUUAAUCUACGUUUGAUUUAUUUUUUUUAAAUCUAUGUUUUAAUAUCGACCCAAUUUAUGUCUGAUUGCUAACUUGUGAACCCACUGGAACUGCUAGCUUUGGGGGAAGUGGAGAUUGGGGAGGAGCAAACUCACCUGCACAGGUCUCCUCGCAGCCUGCCCCAGAUGCACAGACGCUUUAACUGAAGUUCAUUACGGCCUAGCGAGCGUCCCCCGUGGCGCGGGAGGAUUGGGGGAGGCAGUAUUCUGUUCUCAUGCAUGGGUUGAGGCUUCCCCAUCUGCUUCUUUUGAACAAGUGUUUUUUUCCCCCCGAGUGUGGUGGCCAGUCCCUGGAAGUGAUCAGGUUAACAUGCCCACUCAGCUGGAGAUUGCCAUGAACAUCAUGAUUAGAAUCUUCCACCAGUACUCCUGCAAGGAGGGGGACAGAUUCAAGCUCAACAAGGGGGAACUGAAAAUGCUCCUGCAGCAAGAGCUCACGGAAUUCCUCUCGUGCCAGAAGGAUCCCCAGUUGGUUGAUAAGAUAAUGCAGGACCUGGAUGCCAAUAAGGACAACGAAGUGGAUUUUAAUGAAUUCGUGGUCAUGGUGGCAGCUCUGACAGUUGCUUGUAACGAUUACUUUGUGGAACAACUGAAGAAGAAAGGAAAGUAAAGAUAAGUAGUAAGCUGACCUAAGGGCAGAAAUCUAUCCAUAGUUAUUUGCUUCCUGUUCAUCUGCAGUCUUCAGACCUAUAGUUACAGUAAUGCCAUUGAUAGAAAUAAUAUACAUAUAACUAAUUGCUAGCAUUAUUAAAUGGUGUGUACCUGAAUAUAUUGAUUUAAAUAUUCCAAAUCUUAUAGGCCCUGCUCGAAAUCUUCCUGUCCCAUUAAGGAUGUUGUAUGCCUUUUUGUGUCUGUCAAAGAGCAAGCGUCACAAAGUUUCACCACUUCCAAAUGAGACGAAAGCUUAGCACACUUCUAAGAGACACUUCUCACCCUGAAACUGUAUCUGGAACUUCUUAUCCCAUGAAUGAAAAGAGGUGGCUCUCCCACCCUCUGGUGAUUCUGUUUCACACGGAAGAAGCUGUGCAGGUCCGUAAGCAGAAAGGCUGAUAAACAGAAGGGCUGGCUUUGUCAGUGAGAUAGGUCAGGAGAGGGCGCCAUAUUCAGAGCUAGGUAUUCAAGCCACAAGAGCUGAAGCCAGCAGCUCUUGAAGGCUGGUGUACAAGUACCUUCCUUUGCUCCUUGGGUCCCCUAAUUCUGGGGCACGUAUUUUACACCACUUCCCAGGGCUUCCCCUGGGGCUAAGCUUCAGUUGCCUGCCCUGGGAGGCUGGCUUGAUAUCACACCUUCUCUGGCCUACCUCCUUUUCUUUGUCUCACCACACACGCCCACCGUGUGUCUCUGCCCCUCUCAAAUAGCUGACUCGCAUGCAAAUCCUUGACUCACCAUCUGCCCGGGGCAACCUAGACUGUGGCAGAUCCCUCGGAGAAUUUUAGAAAGAAAAUGGUGGGUUGUGCGUGGAAACACUUACCCUGGCUGCUGUUUGAAGAAAGGGCCAUAGAGAGGGCCAGUGUGGAAGAGAGAGACUAGUUAGGAGGCCGUUCUUUGUUCUGAGUGAGAGACGAUGGUGUCCCAGGCCAGGAUUCGAGCAAUGGAGAUCAACUUGUUAAGUGUUUUGGAUGUGGGAGUGGUAGGACGUGCCAAUGGACUGGUGAGGAAGGGUCAGAAAAGAGAGCACCGCAGGGCAAUAGAGCACUCACUGCUCUUGCCCAUCCUAUGAAUGUUCUCCCUUUCUUCCAUGUAUUAGGGCCCUGAUUUGUGUGGGCUAGUAAUCAAUGUGCCCAGCUAAAAAAGCUGUAUUUCCCAGUCUCCCUUGCAGCUGAGGUGGAGCUUGUAACACAGUUCUGGACAAUGGGACUCAAGCAGAAGUCUCCUGGGAAUUUUGCUAUUUCCAUACAGGUUCUAUACCUUCACCUUGUUAAUUCGUUCCUUGUCUUUCCGUUGGAAUGUAGAUGUGAGGCUGGAAGUGAGGCUGCCAGCUUGCAACCAUGAGGAUAGUGAAGAAAAAGAUAGAAGGAGUUGGGACUUUGUGGUCAUUGAGGAGGCACGGCACAGCCCUGGUCUGCCUGUCUCUGGUCCUCCUAUUGUGUGAAAAAAGAAUGACUGUUCUCUGGUUAAGCUGAAUUCUGUACAUGGAGCCAAACAUAGUCUCUAAUGUUUAGAUUUUUGGUCAAGCAAAUGAUGCGAUUUACUAAAUGGGAAAGACUGAGAGAGGAACAGCUUUAGUGUGGGGACAUUGGGGAGAAUAGCUCCAUUUAUUUAUUUACUUUUAUUUUAUUUUAUUUAUUUUUUUCAAUAUAUGAAAUUUAUUGUCAAAUUGGUUUCCAUGCAACACCCAGUGCUCAUCCCAAAAGGUGCCCUCCUCAGUACCCAUCACCCACCCUCCUCUCCCUCCCACCCAAAUAGCUCCAUUUAAAAUGCCUACUGGACAUCUAAGUGGAGAUAUUACAUGGGCAGUUGGAUAGAUGAUCCAGUCCAGAGCUCAGGGUAAGGAGUGGAAUUAGAGAUCCACAUUUGGAAGUCAUUAGCAUCUAGAUGAUAUUAAGCCAUGGGCCUAGAGAUCACUUAGGAUGAGAAUGUAGGGAGGGAAGAAGAAAUAUCCAACAGUUAGCUGUCAGGAAAAAGAGCAACCUGCAAAUCAUACAGCAGAGGCAUGGCCAGGAAAACAGAAGGAAAACCAGGACAGUAUGGUGCCUCAGAAGCCUGGAGAAGAAAGUAUUUGAAGAAGGAAAGAGGGCAAAUCCACUGAGAGGAGAAGUUAAGAUGACAGUGGAGAACUAGCCAUUACAUUUGCCACGGUAGAGAUGAUCGAAGACAUCAAUGACCCUGAUGAGAGUGAUUUUGCUUGCAAAAGUAUCUAUGUCCCAGUCUGGCAGACAGUAGACACUCAAUAAAUAUUUGUUAAGUAAAUGAAA